AUGCAUCUUCCAACCAUUUCUUCUUUGUUGUGUCUUGCUGGCUUGAUUUCUGGGUUCGUCAAUGCUUAUGAUGAUCCCAAUAUCAAAAGCAUCCCGCUCCGAACCCACAGUCUCUCUCCGCCAUACCUAGACUCGGAUUUCCAAAGCCGCUGGUUCGACUUCGGAGGGGAUACAGUUGUCCGAGCUGACAAGUAUAUACGUCUCACAGCCGAUCGACCCUCGCAGCAAGGAUGGAUCUUCUCGCGCGUACCUCUGACCGCGACCAAUUGGCAGAUCGAGCUCGAAUUCGAAAUACACGGCAAUGGCAAUCUACACGGUGAUGGCUUUGCUCUUUGGCUCACAAAGCAACGCGCUACUCAGGGUCCCGUCUUCGGAUCAACCGAUAAGUUUGAAGGUCUCGGUAUUUUCUUCGAUACGUACAAGAACAACCGUCCCGGCGUCUCGUUCCCUUAUGUCAUGGCCAUGAUGGGUGACGGCGAGACUACCUACGAUCAAGCACACGACGGCAAGGGAAACGAGCUAGCCGGUUGCUCUGCCCGCGGCCUUCGCAACGCCCCAGUCCCCACCAAAGCCCGCCUCACCUAUUUCCAGGACAAGUCACUGUCCCUAGAACUGCAAUAUAAGACGGAGGACACCUGGGUCGAUUGCUUCCGACUCAGUGCCGAUGAACACAAGAUCGCCAUCCCCUCUGUCGCAUACCUCGGUCUCUCCGCUGAGACAGGUGAGCUCAGUGACAACCACGACAUUGUCUCUCUCAAGGCCGACAACCUGUACUCCGUCAGCCGUAGCAGUGGUAACCGAGGCCCAGACACCCGUGGUCCCAACCGUGGCGGCAACUCCAAAAAGAAGAGUGGCAGCUGGUCAUGGUUCCUCUUUAAGAUCGUGCUGUUCUUUGGUGCUAUCGGUGGUGGUUACUUCGGCUGGACAAUUUACCGCACCAAGACGCGGUCUUCGCGUUUCUAG